AAUCUUUCGGUAGCCAUGUUGAUUUACUUGCUGUUAUGAGUCGAUGAUUCAAUUUUAAAAAAAAUAAAAAUCUUAUCAGCGUUUUUCAUGCUUUGAUAAGAAGAUACAAUGGAAGUUCCCGAACAUUGCCCCGGUACCCAGAGUGAAUCUGCUGGAAAAGUAUCAGCUUGUGAGGGUUGCCCCAAUCAAGUCAUUUGCUCAUCCGGUGCUAGCAAAGUUGAUCCUGGGAUCGAAUUAGUUAAAGCUAGAUUGAGUACGGUGAAACACAAGAUCUUGGUAUUAUCUGGCAAAGGAGGCGUUGGAAAGAGUACUGUAACAUCUUUACUGGCUAGAAGCCUCGCAGCGAGAAAUGAGAAUGAAAAUGUGGCCAUCCUCGAUAUUGACAUUUGUGGUCCAUCAAUGCCUCGAGUUAUGGGAGUAUUAGAUGAAAAAGUUCAUCAAAGCGGGUCGGGAUGGUCUCCCGUGUUUAUAGAUGAUAAUUUAUGUGUGAUGUCAGUUGGAUUCUUGUUGGCUAGUCAAGACGAAGCAGUAAUUUGGCGUGGACCCAAAAAGAAUGCUUUAAUACGUCAAUUUUUCACCGAAGUGGAUUGGGGCGAAACACUAGAAUAUCUAGUAAUCGAUACUCCUCCCGGUACCUCGGAUGAGCAUCUAUCAACGGCGCAAUUUUUGAAAGACAUUCCCGGUGUAAUAGCCGUUAUUGUCAGUACUCCGCAAGAAGUUUCUCUUCUAGAUGUACGUAAAGAGAUCAAUUUUCUUCAUAAAGUCAACAUUCCUAUCGUUGGAGUCAUCGAAAACAUGUCUACUUUCAUUUGUCCAAAAUGCAAAACCGGUUCAGAUAUUUUUCCUGCCAACUCGGGAGGUGUGUUGAAAAUGGCUCAAGAAUUAAACAUACCAUUUUUGGGACGUUUACCUCUGGACCCUCUUAUCGCGCGAAGCUGCGAUAAAGGACUCAACCCUAUUGUUGAAAACGCCGAUUCCGAAGUUGUUAAAAACUUGAAUUCCAUCAUUUCGAAAAUAUUUCCAGAAUAGAAAAUUUCUCUACAUUGGACGAAUCGAAGGACUAUGAUUCGAAAAUAGCUUCAUAAGUGACUACAAAAGUAUAAACAAUAAGCUGUUUUCAUCGUUUUUGAUUUCUAAUCUGUUUUUAAUUAAUUGAUGAAUUAAAAAAUGUGUAUGAAGUACUA